AUGUGCUACGUGGGCGUCGGCGCGAAUGAACGAUUGGAGCUCACCAGGUGCUCCGUCGUGGGCCCAGACGGUUCCGUGAUUUACGACAAGCUCGUGAAACCGGCGGAGCCAAUCACCAACUACAACACCGCGCACAGUGGUAUAACCGAGGAACAGAUGCGCGGGGUGACCACGACGUUGGAAGAUGUCCAGCGGGAGCUGCUGGAGCUCAUCGCGUGCGAGACGAUCGUCGUCGGGCACUCGUUGGAGAAUGAUCUCAAGCGGCUGCGAUUGAUACACGCGCGAUGCGUGGACACGGUGGCGCUCUAUCCUCACCAGAGGGGCCCACCGUACCGCACCAAGUUGGCGCACCUCACGGAGAGGUACCUUGCGAGGAAGAUUCAGGAGGGAUCGCACGAUUCCGUCGCCGACGCCCGCGCCACCCUCGAGCUCGCCAUGCUCAAGUUUGUCUUUGGACCC